ACCAAUCUCAAAGCAAAUUAAAUACACUACUACUUCUUGAGCUUUUAAACUACACAAACAAAUGGCUCCAAGAACCCCCCUUGCACUCUUCGUUUCUCUCAACCUCCUCUUCUUCACUUACACCUCUGCAACCACAGGGACUUGUCCUAAAAAUUCCAUAGAGAUCGGUACUUGUGUCACUGUGCUCAAUCUAGUGGACCUAACAUUGGGAAACCCACCUGUAAAGCCAUGUUGCUCGCUCAUCCAAGGCUUGGCUGACCUUGAGGCCGCGGUCUGCCUUUGCACUGCAGUCAAGGCUAGCAUUCUUGGAAUUGUCAAUAUUAACCUUCCUAUCAAUCUCAGCGUACUCCUCAAUGUUUGUAGUAGGAAUGCUCCAAAGAGUUUCCAGUGCGCGUAAGUUGAAUACCUAUGACAUACCUAUGAAACAAACGAAUCAUACCGAUGCUUGAACAUGUUUUCUUACCUACUUGUUGUUGUUCUAAGAUGUUUGUUUUUUCUUUCUUUCUUGGAUUGUUAAUAAUGAACGUACGACGUUCUGAUGCAAAAUAAUGGAAAAUGGGGUUGUGUGUACAAUCGACAAGUUUGUAUAUACUCCUUUACUUUGUUGUUCCUUUGUUUUGUUGUUCCUCUUCUUUGUAACUGUGUAUUUCAAAUUUGCUUAAUAAAAAUAUAAAUUGAUGUUGUAGCUUAU